AUGCCCCACCAACCCCCGCCGAUAAACACAGGCGCACAGCUGUGGGCCAGGGGUGCUAUAUUCCAUGGCCUGCGUAAGUUGUCUACUUUCCCCCCUACUAGUUUACGACGGGCGACGGAGAGCUAAUUGAAAACCGUGCAGGUUGGGAAUUCCAUGGUGAACGCAACAUAUCCGCUCCUGCUCCUCGCCGGAGGCGCGGAAACUAGUGCGGGGUCUAUAAAAGGCGCAUUUUAGUAGCUGGAUGCGGUAUUACUGUCAGGGUGGCACAUAAAAUUUGCUGUUCGACUACCGAGCUUGGAAGACCUUCCACAGUUACUUCGGGAUGCCUAUCGGUUCGCUUUCUAUGGGAGGCCAGGGGUUGGGUUCGUGGAUUUGCCGGCGGAUUAUAUCUAGGGUGUGCCGAAGGAGGUUGUGCAGAUUGAACGGGUGGAGGAGCAACCACGGAUUCUUGGCGACGAGCGGAGGGUGAUGGCGGUCGCGGAGCCGUUGAAGAGGGCAGAGAGACCAUUGAUUGUUAUUGGGAAGGGCGCGGCGUGCGCGAGGGUCGAGGGGGUAUUGAGGGAGUUUAUCGAUGCGUGAGGAUUCGCUGCUUUCUGCUGCCUAGCCGCCUGUUGGAGGGUUCGUUGGGCUGACGAAGGCGGUAGGACUAAAAUCCGCUUCCUUCCAACCCCUCAAGGAAAGGGUGUCCUCCCAGAUAACCACCCACUCAACACUUCCUCCGCCCGCUCUGCCGGCCUCGCAGGCACAGACGUCGUCCUUCUCGUGGGUGCCCGGCUAAACUGGAUGCUACACUUUGGAGAGCCGCCAAAGUGGUCCGCGGGAGUACGCAUAGCCCAAAUCGACAUCUCCCCCGAAGAACUCGACCGCGGCACCACCGAUCCAACACUCUCAAUUCAUGGGGACAUAACCUCCGUAACCCCACAGCUAAAGCUCCACCUCACAAAUUACCACCGCGUCUCCUCCCUCUGGAGCAACACACUUUCCACCUCAGCUGCUAAAAACUUAGCCAUAGCCCGGGCGAAAGCCUUGACGCCAACAAACCCACUAACAUACCAUCCCACCUUCGCCUCAUUAAGUCGGCCCUAGAAUCAUUAUCCCCGGGUGGCGCCGACAACCUAGUCUACAUCUCUGAAGGUGCCAACACAAUGGACAUCCCCCGCAGCAUCUUCACCGUAUCACAACCCCGCCAGCGCCUGGAUACCGGCACGUACGCUACAAUGGGUGUCGCUGAAAUGGCCUACAACCACACCCAUGAAGCCACCCCCUCCCCCUCCUCUCCACCAUUAGAAAAAGGAUUAUAUCCAUAGAAGGCGACAGCGCCCUCGGCUUCUCCCUUCCUGAAAUCGAAACCAUGUCCCGCUACCGCCUCUCUAUCAUCAUUUUCGUCCUUAAUAAUGAAGGUGUAUACCACGGCAUAUCUGACAACACCCCUAGCUGGGGCGCGACCGGUGGGAUCGGGAUAAACAAGGGAAGAGGCGGGGCGUUCUCCUCAUGAGCACCGCUCUGGGGUUUGAGGCCGGGUAUGAUGUUGUUGCGGGGGGGUUGGGUGACAGGGGAUGGAGGGUUGCGGAUGAGAAGGGACUGGUCAGGGCUGUGCAAGAGGCGUGGGAGCAUAGGGAUGGGCUGAGCGUUGUUAGUGUUAUUGUUGCUUCCGGGGUUGGGGGGGAUUUGGAAUUUGGAUGGUUGGGGAAGGGGAAAAGAGGG